UCAUUUUUCUUAUUUUUUCGUUAUUUUAAUUUCCAGAUUGUUGGAUUUAAACUCAAAUAGAGGAAUUCGAAUAUCUUUUCAGCUUUCUCCUAUGGUUCUGCCGUGGAUCUGUCAAGGCGCCUGAACUUCUGGUUAUCUUAUCGAACAGCAUCAUGACUCCAUUUGGUUACAAUUAAUUUAAAUGAAUCAAGAAUAGUUCAGAAAGCAUUUCCUCACGGCCGCCUUUGAGGAAUAUUUCUCAGGCAUUUCCCGAAGACGAUCCUUCAAUCGGUCCCUGCCAGGAUCCCACCCACCCCGAACCCCGUGUAAAACGAUUGGUCGAUAUCGUGGAUCUUUGUGAUUCUAUUGAUCUGUUGAGCUGUCCGUCAAUAUUCGGCCGGGAUUUCCGCUGGAAAUUGUUACAUUGUGGCCGGGGCUGAAAUUGACAACAAAGUAACUUGGGCCUUUCCAUCCCCAAACAAAUCUGCUUCCAAAAAAUAACCCCGGACAAACUAUCUUCUCAAAGUGUCUUAAAUUCUAAAGAAAACUUUGCGGUUAAGAAGUAGGGAAAGGGACGAGGACCUUUUUCCUCCUGCUGUUUCUAUGCCCGUUUGACUCCACAACCGUCCCCAACUGGGAGGGCCUUGAAAGUGGAAGUGUCUUCUUUUGCUCAAUCUGGCUGACACCCUGACACCUACGUGGCUUUGACUCCUGGCUUAAUGCACUUUGAGGACGAUGACAGAAUACAAAUUGGUGGUCGUAGGAGCUGGUGGCGUUGGGAAGAGUGCUCUAACUAUUCAGCUGAUACAGAACCACUUUGUCGAUGAAUAUGAUCCAACUAUAGAGGAUUCCUACAGAAAACAGGUGGUUAUUGAUGGAGAAACCUGUUUAUUAGAUAUUCUGGACACAGCAGGUCAAGAGGAAUACAGCGCUAUGAGAGAUCAAUACAUGCGAACGGGCGAGGGCUUCCUCUGCGUCUUUGCUAUCAAUAACAUAAAAUCCUUUGAAGAUGUCCAUCUGUAUAGGUUAGUAUUACGUACAGUUCAAAUUUGUAACAGCUAUUUAAAACGACAAAGAAAUACAAUUUCAGUUUAUUUUUGA